UGUCACCAUUUUUAUUCAGGUGCAGCUGAAUCAGGCAAAUCUACUGUUUUCGAGCAAAUAAGGAAUUUCUAUAAUCAAGAUUAUACUGAAUUCGAAUUUCUCCACAGAAAAACAUUCAUUUUCGAAAAUAUUUUUGCUUCGAUGCGCGCAAUAUUGGAUUUCAUGAAAAGUGAAGAUGUGCAAUUUGCAAAUUCACAUAAUCAAGUAAUUUCAUUCAUAAAGCCAUUUCCUCUAAUUUAUUUGUCAUUCAGUAGUGACCAACUGAGAGCAUUGAAAGACCUCUGGAAUGACGAAGCCGUACAAAAAGUAUAUGAACGAAGGGCCGAAUUUAAUCUCAAUGAUUCUACUAAAUACUUUUUCGAUUCGCUAGAUCGAAUCAAUUCAAGCGAUUUCGUGCCUACACCUCGAGACCUUAUUAUGGCCUAUUGUCCAACUACGGGAAUACAGAGCAUCAGCUUUGCUAUUGAUCGAAAGAAAUGGAACACAACUUAUGACGAUGUUCGAGCAGUACUGUUUUGCAUCGCGGUUUCCGAGUAUGAUCAAACAAUGACUGAAGACGGUGUUACUAAUCGACUUCAUGAUGCGCUAUCGUUACUCGAACAUACUUGUGCUGAACCAAAACUUCAGUCUGCUUUAUUUUUUAUUUUCCUCAAUGAAAUCGAUGUUUUAGCUGAGAAAUUAACCAAAGUGCCUUUAAAGCAAUGUCUUCCAGACAAAUGUUCCGCUCAUCCUCAUUCCGUUUUUGUAGAAUUUACAUGUGCAAUUGACAUGGAGAAAAUGAAAUCCAUUUUAGAUGAUACUUUUGCAAAAAUUAUUAACAAAUGA